AUGUGUGCUGAGGACCGCCAAAGAUGUUUCCUGGAUAGUUCUCUCCCAAGCCUACCUGAGCUUCGAUUCAGUAUGAUACAUAAUGGAAAGGAGUACAGAAACUCCAUUCUGUCUGGAAAGGUAGUUACGGGAUUAAGAGAAGCACUUGAAGAUAGAUACAAAUAUUCCACUACAUGGAAGCUUCUUUUUUCUACCUUUGAAGAUGGAUUUUCCUACAGAACAUUUCUCGAAAGCUUUGAGGAAGAUGGAUGGCCCUUUGUGCUUGCUUGCAAGACAAGAGAAGGAGAGUUGCUUGGGGCAUUUUUUGAGGAUAGAAUCAGGAUAUCCAGGGCUGUAUAUGGAAAGCCCUCUACAUUUCUAUUCACAACAGCCAAGAAUAAGGCAGUCCAGCCAGAAGACAUCUCAACAGAUAAUGAACUGAUGAUUUUCACUAUGUCGAAGAAUAAGGAAGCGAAUAUAUAUUGCUGUCCAGACUUCCUUGCAUUUGGUUGCAGUGGAGAAAAAUUUGGACUGCUAAUAAAUAAGUCACUACUCGAUGGAGAAACAUAUCCAAUAGAGACCUUUGGAAACCAUCCGCUUGCAUCCAAGUCUCAUUUCAGGAUAUCUUAUAUCGAGCUGUGGCUUAUUCAAAUAUAA